AUUGACAAACAUAGCCACAGGCGAGUACAUCCUUAUGUGAAAAAAGAAAACUUUUAUAUUUUAAGACGUCUAAAUUUGACGUAAAUACGCAAGUGAUUUUAAAGUGCAGUUAUUAAAUCAGUACCUUAUUGUAAAAAUAAAAUAUGACCACAAAUUUCGAUGAAGAACAAGCUCUGCGUGAAUGUGAGGCCUACGUACAGGCUCACAACAUCCAGCAGGUUCUCAAGGAUUGCAUCGUUCAGUUAUGUAUAAACCGUCCGUCGAAUCCCAUUUCGUUUCUCCGAGAACAUUUUCAAAAAUUGGAACGAGAACAAGCUCUGGACGCUAAACAACAAGCGAUGUCUCCUGAGGACACUGAAGACUUGUCUCCUCUACCAGCCCACGCUCAACAGCCUGCCCGACGUCGAGGAGGAAUAUCUGCGGAGCCCGUGAGCGAGGAAGACGCUACCAGCUAUGUCAAAAAGGUCGUUCCAAAAGACUACAAAACAAUGGCUGCCCUCUCCAAAGCCAUUGCCAAAAAUGUCCUGUUCUCCCAUUUGGAUGAAAAUGAAAGAUCUGACAUUUUUGAUGCUAUGUUUCCAGUAAAUUGUCUUCCAGGUGAAUCCAUAAUACAACAAGGAGAUGAGGGAGACAACUUUUACGUCAUAGACCAAGGAGAAGUAGAAGUGUAUGUAAAUAAUGAACUUGUUACCACCAUAAGCGAGGGCGGCAGCUUCGGAGAGCUUGCGCUCAUAUACGGCACCCCUAGGGCAGCUACAGUCAAAGCCAAAACUGACGUCAAACUGUGGGGAAUCGACAGAGACUCCUACAGAAGAAUCCUCAUGGGCUCGACAAUACGUAAGAGAAAAAUGUACGAAGAAUUCCUCUCCCGGGUUUCUAUAUUAGAAAACCUGGACAAAUGGGAACGUCUCACAGUUGCUGACGCCCUUGAACCCGUCAGUUUUGAGGACAACGAGACCAUUGUCCGUCAAGGAGAGCCCGGCGACGAUUUCUACAUUAUCGUAGAAGGCACGGCUGUAGUUAAACAGAACAGAAUCGAAGGUGAAGAACCCACUGAGGUCGGUAGAUUGGGACCAAGCGACUACUUCGGAGAGAUUGCUCUUCUGCUGGACAGACCAAGAGCCGCCACCGUGGUCGCAUGUGGCCCGCUUAAAUGUGUCAAAUUAGAUAGAGCACGAUUCGAGAGAGUUUUGGGACUUUGUGCGGAUAUAUUGAAGAGGAAUAUCACUCAAUACAACAGUUUCGUGUCACUUUCCGUUUAAUGGCAGCUGAGAUCGAGGUAUUUCUUGUUUAAGGUUGUUUGGCGGGCUUGGUAUGGCAUAACUUAAUUACUGAUGACGCACACUAUAGUCUAAUUACAUUCAAAAUACACUUACGAUUACUGUGCCUGCAAUUGAAGAAUACGCACCUCGCUAUUCCGGCUAAGUGUUUCGAGGCUGUUUCAUUUAUUGUAUCUUGAAUGUAAGUUGUCUAUAAACCUGAUCUGACUAGUCACUAAAUGUGCGAAAAACAUUGUCUUUCUUUAUAUCUGGAUCAUCAUCUAUGAACCAGGCAUUUUUUAUUAAAAAUUAAUUGUUACACAUUGAUUUAAAUUAUAUUAUAUAUUUUUUACCUAAUAUCCGUUCUUAUUCUAAUAUUUUCCCAUUCUAACAGAAAUUUCCCAUUAUAACAGAAAAAUUAAAAUUUCCUUCUCAACAACUAAGGCUGACCGUUUUGUUAUUGUACGAAACGACAUAGGAAUGUAUUUUUUUUAAUGUAUCAUUAACUGGUACGAAUGUUGUGGAAGAAUCCCUUUUCUGCCUUACAGCUACAGAAUAAAGAUGAAAGACAUUUUUCCAGCAGAAAGAUAAGUUUUACCUUUUUCUAGUGCUUAAUAAGUCACUCGUGUCAGCUUUUAUACUUUUAAUGGACUAUAUCAGAUAUAUUAUGAGUACCGUUAAUUUUUUCUGUAGCUUUGAUAAAAAUUACGUUAUCACUCUAAUAGUUAUGUAUAUUGUAUUGUAAUUAUUAUAUAUUACUUAUGAGCCAAAUCCUGACUCUUUAUCAAAAUAACCUUGACGUUUGAAUCAAUUUGUUCCACAGUUCCGAUUAACUAAUCGGGGUCGUAUCCGAUUCGUCCAUCUCUAAAGAAUACGUUCCUACUUUAUGGUCAGGUUAAGUAUAUGAGGACCUCAAUGUUGAACAUAAAUCAGUUAGGAAAACUAUUUUUAUCAAAAUUUGUUUGUCAGUUGAGAUCAGGGAAUUAAAUAUCCAGUAGGAUCAAAAUAUAGAAUCACGUAACAUUAAUGUGGCUUAAUAUAGAGCCAAUUGCUCAAAGACAAAGUUUUUAGCCCUAUUGUUUAAAUUUAAGUCCAAAUAGAAGUAUUUUUCUUCUAGAUUUGAAUUUAAAAAAAAAAGCUAAAAUUAAAGAAGAGUGCGAAACAGUGGUUAAUAAUAGCCACAAUUUUUUCUGUAAGAAAUUUCCAUGUACUUGAUGAAGUCAAAAUCAGAGUCUUUGCAUUCCUGCUGGCGGGUUAACUAUUCUUAUUUUGACUUUAUACAAAAAUGGAUUUAAUUUGUUUUAUUUUUUAUUUUAAUAGAAGUUAUUGAUAAAAAAAAGGAUUCUGUAAAAGGUUUAGAAAGUCUCUUUCGUUAUUUAUCGAAUUUUUCUUCUCAAAUGUUCGCUAGUAUGUAUUAUGGAAAUCCUUAAUAAGUUCAGAAUUUGAUUCUUGUUACAAUUUAGUCGAAAUAAUUCAACACGAAAAACUUCGGCAAGUAGUUGCUGAAGUAGAACGAAAUCAUAUGCAUAAUUAAUUAUUAACAAUUUUUUUUUUAUUAAACGUUUCGUAAUUUGUAACCCAUAACGAAUAUUCAAUGCCUUCAUGCUGAAGGAUCAAAUAGGGAUAUUCUUCUUGCAGUGCCCUAUCCUCAUCGGACGUUGGCCAGUCCUCUAGCCCACAAAACCUUAUUACCUAUAAAUCUAUAUCUAUAAAUACGUCAUCUACCUGGUCCCCUUUUUCUUUUUACUUUGCCCUGUAUCGUAAGUUGAAGGAUAUGCUAUUUUUCGAUUCGCAUAUUUGCCAGAAGUAUGGCAAUUUUCUUUAUUUUACCGUUAAAAGUAGUUGUUUGUCUUGCGAGAGAGCUUCAUUGGUGACAUGAUUUGUCUACGUUAACACCAACUUGCAUCUCAGGACGGCGAGUGCGGAUUGGGUUUCACGACUACAAGCGUUUAUAGCCAAUGUCGGCCGAAGUUAGAAGCUGAAGCGGAUAUACAAUGGAGACACUGCUAAAAACCCAUUAAAAAUGUUCUAUUUCGACAUAUAUUUGUUCAUAUUUUUUAUCAAUUCCAUUUUUAAAUUACUAUUCUCAUUUAUUUUUUCUAAUUCAUUGGCGUUUUCUUAAAUUCGUAUUGUUUUAAUUAAUAAAAAGUUAAAAUAAUUAGAAUUUUAUUUUGAUUUGAAAUUGAUUUAUAUUGCCUUAUCCUAAUAAAAGAAGCACCACAUUUCAAAAGCUGUUAUUUUCUUACUAGUGGUGUCUGAUUGUCCAAGCUUCCACUCCAUACAAAUAAGUUGAUAACACAGAACACCUGAGCACUCGCAAUCUAAUAUGUAUAUUAAGCCACAGGUUACACAGUAGAUUCUUCGUUUUCUUAAAUAUACUUCAGGAUUUCUCGAUUCUAAUAUGGAUUUUACGCUAGUUAUCCCAAUUUUCAUUCAGGUUAUAGUCCAAAUAUGUACUUCUGAACUCUUGCAAGUAUCUCAUAGCUUAAAAAGAAUUGAUGGGUUAAGGGUAUGAUUUUUGCUGGUGGUCAUCACUUUGGUUUUGCCAUUGUUAAUACGCAUACCAUACCGUCUGCUAGCAGCGUCUUCUCUAUUAAUUAAUCAUUGUAGUCCCUCUGUAAUGUUGACAAGUCAAAAGGUGUCGUCAGCAUGCUUGAAAUUAUUUAUGGAAAUCCUGUUAAUUGAUAUUUCAUCUUCAAUGUCCUCCAAAUCUUCUGUGAAAGGAGAAUGAUGACUCUGAGCAUCUCUAAGGAGAUGCUUCUCUCUCUAGAGUAAAUGUCGAAUAAUAUCGGCGACAAAACACAUCCCUGACGACCUCCUCGUAGUAUGCUAAAUUGCUCAGAGUACUUGUUUUCCUCUUUAACUGAGGUUUUACUGUGUCAAAUACCUUUUCAAAGUCCAAGAAGCACGUGAAAACGUUACUGUUUACAUCCUCUUUGAAUCAGUACCUGUAUGAGUAGUAGAGUACUUUGAAUCAGUACUCAAUAUUUACGUUGCAUGACAAUAUUCUCUGAUGCAUUGAUUUUUUUGUGUUUCACGGAAAAUUUCGGCUACCAAACGGCAUUCUAACUUGCGUUGGGUCUAACUAUUCCAACUUGUAUUGUCUAAGUAACUGAACAGAAUCAAUCUGAUAAAAUGCUAAUCACAAUCAACAUGAGAGUCCUAUUUUAAUUAUUUUUUUAAUAGAUAAUUUACCGGAGUAUUUAAAGUUCCCAUAAAUUACAUCGAAAAUAGAGAAACUGUACAAUCUAUAAACACGGAAUAUUGGUUUUUGUUUGAAAUAAUUCAUUUGAUAUAUAUGUAUCGUUAUAUAAAAUCAUUAUCAUGUGUGAUAUGAACAAGAGAUUUUUGUGAUUUUUAAGUACUGCCAUUUUCAUUGUACGCCAUUAAUCAGAUCUAAUCUUUUAUUAUAUAUAGCGAGUGCAAAUUCGAAUACCUAUUGCUAAUAGUGGAGAAUCUAGCUAAAUUUAUAAAUAACGAUUGGCAACAUUAUAUGUAAGAUCAAAUAUUUAUGACAAAUUAAGGUUUUUUGAGUAGAAAUUAUUACGAAUUAUAGAUCUAUGACGUUGUAGUUUUAUUAAUGAUAACUGCAAAGAAAAUGGUAGCACAAUUUCUAUCUAUACCAAUUUUUUAAGAUAAAUAGUAAGUAAUAGUAACAGGUAUAUCUAAUAAAGUAAACAAAUGUAACUUUUUAAACAUUAAUCCAUUCUCAUCGAAAUUUAGUGUGGUAGUACCCAUUCCAAGCCCACCAAGCAGUCUGCCAGGACUGGCUUGAGCCCAAAAUUGAACAUCUGUUUGUCGAAUAUGAUGAUUGAAGCUUUUAUUAACUUAUUGCCUUGCUUUGAUGAGAAAGUGCCAUCAGCAAUCUGAAAUAUAUAUAAAUAUAUAUAUUUUUCUACGAGUCACCGUCUUUUAUCUGCUCUGUCGAUGUUGAUGUUACUUUCUGGAAGGCUUUUAACUGCUAAAGGAAACGUUUAAUAAAAUAUUGUAUAUACUUAACAAUAUCUUCCAAUAUAGAAGUAACUGUUAAUCCUGAUUUUUGUCUAUAUGCAUUUUGUUUUUAAUUAGAUAAAUAUUUAUAAACG